GGGGCGCGGAGCCGCUUCCGGUUGGGUGGUUCUGCGCGCGUGAGCUUAGCCGGUGGGUGAACGGCGGUCACGGUAGCCUGGGCUGUGGGAGCUUCGAGCAAAGAUCUGAUUAUCAUGGACCUGCGACAGUUUCUUAUGUGCCUGUCCCUGUGCACAGCUUUUGCCAUGAGCAAGCCCACAGAAAAGAAGGAUCGUGUACAUCAUGAGCCUCAGCUCAGUGACAAGGUUCACAAUGAUGAUCAGAGUUUUGAUUAUGACCAUGAUGCCUUCUUGGGUGCUGAAGAAGCAAAGACUUUUGAUCAGCUGACACCAGAAGAAAGCAAGGAAAGGCUUGGAAUGAUUGUAGAUAAAAUAGACGCGGAUAAAGAUGGGUUUGUGACGGAGGGGGAGCUGAAAUCCUGGAUUAAGCACGCCCAGAAGAAAUACAUAUAUGACAAUGUUGAAAACCAAUGGCAGGAGUUUGAUAUGAAUCAAGACGGCUUAAUCUCCUGGGAUGAGUACAGAAACGUGACUUAUGGCACUUACCUGGAUGAUCCAGACCCUGAUGAUGGAUUUAACUAUAAACAGAUGAUGGUUAGAGAUGAGCGGAGGUUUAAAAUGGCAGACAAGAAUGGAGACCUUAUUGCCACAAAGGAGGAGUUCACAGCUUUCCUGCACCCUGAGGAGUAUGACUACAUGAAAGAUAUAGUAGUGCAGGAAACAAUGGAGGAUAUAGAUAAGAAUGCUGAUGGUUUCAUUGAUCUAGAAGAGUAUAUUGGUGACAUGUACAGCCAUGAUGGAAAUGUAGAUGAGCCAGAGUGGGUAAAGACAGAGCGAGAGCAGUUUGUUGAGUUUCGAGAUAAGAACCGUGAUGGGAAGAUGGAUAAGGAAGAGACCAAAGAUUGGAUCCUCCCCUCAGACUAUGAUCAUGCAGAGGCAGAAGCCAGGCACCUGGUCUACGAGUCAGACCAGAACAAGGAUGGUAAGCUUACCAAGGAGGAGAUUGUUGACAAGUAUGAUUUAUUUGUGGGCAGCCAAGCCACAGAUUUCGGGGAGGCCUUAGUACGACAUGAUGAGUUCUGAGCUGCAGACAGAGGAACCUGCAUUUACUCAAAAGUAAUUUAUUUUUACAGCCUCUGGUUUCACACUAAAUUGUUUGCGCUACUGAGACUGUUCUUACAAACUUUUUAAGACGUGAAAAGGCGUAAUGAAAACAAUCCCGUCCCUCUUCCUCCUCCUCCUCUCUGAGGGACUGGAGGGAAACCGUGCUUCUGAGGAACAACUCUAACUAGUACACUUGUGUUUGUAGAGUUACACUUUGUAUUAUGUAUAACAUGAUGUGUUUAUUUUUGUAUUUGUUCUCUGGCUGGGAGUAUGAUAUGAAGGAUCAAGAUCCUCAAGUCACACUUGUAGGCAAACAUUAGCCCUUUACUCUUUCUCAACCCCUUAUAUAAUUUUUAUAAUUCUCACUUAACUAAUUUUUUAAGCCUGAGAUCAAUAAGAAAUGUGCAGGAGAGAGAAAAGGAAAAAAAUAUACCCCACAAUUUAGAUUAGAGAGAUAACACUUACUCUUACCUAUCGAAAAGUCUGACAUUUAACAAAUAGUAGGGGACACAUUUCCAUUCAGUUGCUGUGGAUCCAGCAGCUGAUCCUGCCAUUAUCUGGGCAAGGACAGAUCUCUAUGCUGUAAGAAAGCUUGGCUCAACUUGAUUUUAUUCUUUUUUUUUUCCCCCUGUAGGACUAGCUGUUUGCUAAUUUUGUCAAGCACAGCUGUGGUGGGAAGAGUUAGGGCCAGAGUCUUAAAAAUCAUGUAGUGAAUGUGAUUUCUUUACAGAGCUAUAGAUAGAAAUAGCUGGAAAGCUAAAGGAAAAAUGUGAGUGCUUUCAAGGCAUACAGUUUUUUUCUGGGUGUGCAUCUGUUGAAAUGCUCACGACAUAAUUAUCUGCCUGUUGAAAUCACUGUAAGUGCCCCAUCCGGCUCCUCUUCCCCAGGUGUGCUGAGGAAUUAAUCUUGGUUUCACUGCAGUUAAAAUUCAUUCUUUUCCAAUCAUGUCAUUGAAAGUGCCUUUAAGUAAGAGGAAUGAUCACUGAAAGGGAAUUCUCUUAAGAAACCCUAAUAUAAAAUAAAGAGAAGAUUAUUUGGACCACCUUAUGUGAAAGCUUAGAACCUCCCAAUAUAGUGGGGAUUUUUUUUUCUUCCCUCUCUCUUUUGAACAGUAGUUAUUUAGCAGUAUUAGUUAUCUAGCUUGGCUGCAGUGUUCUUUCCAAAAACCACAUGCUGCUGAAUUUACCAGGGAUCCUCAUACCUCAGAACGCAAACCACUUACUACCAGGCUUCUUUUCGUGUCUGAUGGAGAGCUUGAGAUCAGACUCAAAGAUGAGAGGACCUACAGAGAGGGCUCUUUGGUUUGAGGACCAUUGCUCACCCUUCCUGCCUUCAACCCACCACACUUCAUUCCCUCAUCUCCCCUUCUCCCUGCUGCCAAAAGAAAAGUACAUCAUGGAUCAACAGGUUGCCAGUCCUUUUCAGAGAGAAGGAUGUUGUAGAAAAAGCUAAAGAAACCACCCUCUGUUCCCAAGCUCCACUUGACCCCUGUUUUAUGUAACACGAUCUCUGUCCUUUUUGGUCCCUUUCUUACAGAUGGACCUCUUUCAAGAAGUUAUUAUAUUCCAAGUUGUAGCCCUCAGGUUACUAAGAUAAAUAUAUGUAUACAUAACCUUUAUUAUUUCCUGCAUCUUUCUGGUUAAUACAUUCAGGUGGUGCUGGGUAAUUAUUAUAAUCUGAACCUAGGUAUAUCUUUUGGUCUUCUGUGAUCAUGUUGAGGUGGGCUACUUGGAAUGGUAAAAAGCCAGGCAUCAUGUAACUUCACCCCAGCCUUUGCAUUGAGCUCUUGAUAGUAGAUUCACUCUUUUCAAGUUUAACCCCAGUAUAGGGUAAUGGAAAUUCUCUGCCCUCCAGAUUCCCAAAUUUUAUUGUAAGAAGACCAGAGGUCAUUAAUAAUGCUACCAACCCUGGCUUAGUUAGAGAGGACACAUCAUGAACUGUGUGGAAAGAGAGCCUCAGUGCUCACUAGGUGCAGAGAACCCAGGCCUUAUGUUAAAAUCAUGCACUUAGAAAGCAAACCUUAAUCUGCUAAAACAGCAACUUCUGGAUGCUGGGGACUCAGCAGCAAAUAUUGUACUCUAACCUCUAAUGAUACCCUUGGAUAAUUGUUUUGGUUUAAAUCAAGCCUGAGACUGGUGAACAGUAGCUACACACCCACAUUGUGUGUUCUGUGAAUGCUAGCUCUCUUGAAUUUGGAUAUUGUUUAUUUUUUAUAGAGUGUAAACCAAGUUUUAUAUUCUAUAAUGCAAACAGGUACCAAUCUGUUUCUAAAUAAAACUGUUUACAUUCA